AUGGAUGACUAUACUGCUAAUUUGGUUCCUUUAUAUGAAGAUGAUUCGCUGCUUUUUCCUACCAUUCAUCCCUAUCUAGAACCCACAAUCUGUCAUCAAGAUCUGGAAAUUCAGGGUGCAUCUUCACUUGCGGCAUGUCAACAGAACACUGAGGAAAUCAACACAGCAGGGAAAAGGCAGCGGAAGUCGUCAUCAGCUAUUCGAGCUGAUAAUCAUGAUAGUGGGGUCAACCAUGAUGACAGCAAGCAGAAAAGAGCCAUUCAUAGAGAUAUUGAGAGAAAAAGGAGGCAAGAAAUGGCUACUCUUUGUGCUGCUCUCAGAAAUCUACUGCCUCUUGAAUAUAUAAAGGGAAAGCGUUCUAUAUCAGAUCAUGUUCUUGAGGCUGUGAACUAUAUUAAACACAUGGAAAAGAAUAUCAGGGAAUUGGAAGCGAAGAGAAAUAAGCUGAGAUACUUAAUGGGUGAAUUGAGCAAUACGGACGUCAAAAAUGUUGAGGAAACAAACUCUUCAUCUAUUAAGUUCACAGUCAAGCCAUGCUUGGGUGGUGGAAUUGAGAUUCUGAUGGAGAAUUACUCGGCCAAUAACUGGUUUCCGCUAUCAAGGAUACUGGAUGUGUUGCUUGAUGAAGGUCUUACUGUUGUUACCUGUAUCUGCACCAAAGUCAAUGCAAAUUUUCUUUACAGAAUCCAAACUGAGGCCAGUUGUAUGACAGAUGUUGAUCUAAUUUGUCUGCAAAAAAAGCUGACAGAAAAAGUUAUGGCCUGGAAAAACUUCAAGUCCGAGAACAAUACCAGAACUGGGACUCGUUUCGCAUGA